ACGUUUGUACGUGAGACGAAUGCAAUGUUGAAUCAACAGAAUUAUGGUGGAAAGCGUAAACGUGCAAUGGACACAUAUUAUAUACGAACUUACGUGCAUUUUCAUUUAAACGUUACUCAUCGAGUGUUAGAACCCAACGCGACCUAAUAAUUUUAUUGUGUGUUCCUUACAAUAAUUGUUGAGUUGAAAACUAUUAACAUAGUAAAAGUGAUACGGUAACAUAUGGCGUAGAACCAAUGGCGAGUGAUGAGUGAAUACUACAAAGAGCAGCAUCCAUUAUUAUGUGAGGAGAUAUCGGACGAGGAGUACUACAGUCCUCGAUACCACCGAAACAUACGUUCCUCGAACUACAGAGGACGCUCCAGACACAGCUUGAACGGAGCUGCUUCCAUCAUAACCCGGUGGCCAGACCACUGGUCGUCUUUUAUCGUAUACUGGUGGAUAGGUCUCGGAAUGAUUAGUCUUACAACAUUCAUAAUUUACAAUAGUCUAUUUGCAAUUUCCAUGGUACCGACUGCUAACACUAAACCCUCUAAUCUUGUAUUUGGCAACGGCAUUGAAAAAUCACCCAGAAGCACCGCAUCAUUACCUGAUGUAUUCAUGCAUCUAUUUGUCAAUCAUAAUGAAGAAAUAAACUUAAAUCAAUACGUUCCUUACAUAGAAGAACUUGCGGGUAAAUACCCUAACCUAAAAUAUCAUUUGGUUGUCGUGGUUAACGAUACCAACCUAAGUUGGUUGAGUGCUGAGGAAAAUAACGAAUUAGCACUAAACGCGCUAUGGAAAAAGGAACAAAAAAAUGAGCAAUCAAAGUCUGAUGUCGCCAUUGAAUACGUCACAAUGACAUCCUAUAUGCAAAAUUCGCCGUUAAGGAAACACUGGAGAACGUUGCCCAAUCAACUUAUUGAAUUUUUAGCUCGCUCUGUUUCGAUCUGGGAGAAAGGAGGAAUUGCUUUCAAUCCUAUUAUUUUGACUCCUAAGUCUCAGCAUUUUAUUUAUACAGAAAAAAUACAUAAGUUACUUACUAAAUAUUCAGACCGCAGUAACGUUCCCCGUGAUAUUAAAAGUGUUAAUAAGCCGCGCAAAACUUUGAAAAAGGAAAGAAAAUUAAAUAAUAUACGUGACAUAAUACACGCCUUGGAAAAUGACGGCCGAUCUGUGAAUGCUUUUUCUGAACAAACUUUAACAGAGGCUGAAAGCAUCAAAUCCCCAGUUGUAACAAGAAGCGACCGUUACUUAAAUAGUGCGAUAGACACUACAGUAAAAAAUGAGCCGGGAAAAGCGAGUAAACCGCUCAAUGUCAUUGAAAUGUACGCCAGUAAGAAUUCAUUACGCAUUGACGGCGACACUAAAGAACCAAAACAUCGUGUUGGAAUGACUAAUAGUACUGAAUCAACUGUAACCUUAGGAGCUAGUCAGAAUACUACUAAGUUGAGUCUAUUACCUUUAUUUUUAGAGUUUAUAUUUCAUAAUAAACUUAAUGUUAAACCGAGCUCUACAGAAACAACUACAUUAAACAGGACCCGUAAAAGUGUAAUAGAUAUACCUAAAUCUGGAGAUAUUAAAAGUUCUCUUUCAACAUAUGAUUCUCUGGAUAAAGUGGAUAAAAAAGUGGAUGAUGCUUACAUGCCAGUCAUCGUAUCGGCAGCUGAAAUUUAUAACAAAUCUGAGCUUACAAAGCCUUCGAUGGGAAUUCCCGGUAGUGAACUAGAGCAAGUUUUGGAGCAAAGUCGUCUAACAAUCGAUUUAAAAGGGAAUAUCAUAGCAACUGAUAUACCGUGCCAUGCAUUUUUAGGCACAAUAUUUAGCAAUGCUGCCCACCACAGCCAAGAAGAAAGUGUUACUGACUUCAUAAUUGCUGAGCUCACAAUAUUUUGUAAAGGACUUUUGUCGUCGUGUAUGGGUAUUGAUUUGAUUUUAAUAUAAUUGUUUUAAUUUUAGUGGCUGUUAUUUUAGGAAUGUGUAUUAUUAAAUAAUUGUAUUUAUUA